AUGGCGUCCUCCUUCGUCGGCGCGGAUCAAGAAAUCAUCGCCUCGUUCAUCUGGCGAGCCAUCAUCAGCGUUGUCUUCACGGAUGACCUGGCAGACUUGCUCCAGGACGAGCUGGAUUCCAUGAAGUUUGUAAGGACAUCAAUGCAAUGGGACAAGCGAGACUCAACUUCUAUCCACGAGUGGACAUACCAAGCCGUACGAGCUAUAAGCCUAUCGAACGAGUUCGACGCAAGACAAAAAAGACGGUUUGAUGAUUUGAGCCAGGCACUCUCUCGGCACCUUCGAUUCCUGCUGCACCGAUGGAACCCCAAGCAAAAGUCUAGCAUACUACCCUUUGCCGAGAUGCUCAAGAUUGAAUGUCUUGAACCAGCCUUUCAGUUGCACUUCAAGGGCAUCAUCAGCCGAAGCUCCGUCAGACUUGAGCUCAACGCAUUCCUGGAAUAUGACUUCAACCAAAACAUUGUCGCCAGCAGCCAGUUUUAUGACAACGUAGACGACAUGCUGACCGACACAAGGCUAGCCACCCUCUAG